AUGUCGAUGGAGCAGAAGCUCUACGCUCGCGCACUGGAACCAGAUGAAGUCUUCAUCGCCGUUGAGUUCCUCGAUGUCGGCGUCCACGUCACUUCCUUGACGGCGACGAAGAACUUUCUCCUUAUUGGGGACGCUUUGCAAUCCGUUACUUUACUCGCGUUUCAAGAGGACCCUUACAAGCUGGUUCUCUUGGGUAGGGACUAUCGACGUGGGCUCUCCUUGGCUCGAGCACCUGAGCUGAUGUGA